UGUGUGUGUGUGUGUGUGUGUGUGUGUGUGUGUGUGUGUGUUCAGGCUUUGCAGAUCAGGGACACAGUGUCUUUUUAAAGUGGCCGGACAGAUGUGGUUUAAAGCCUCUAGCAGGACAGCAUGACUCAAGACGAGCGAGAGACACAAGCAGCAGCACUACUGAGGGAGCAGAGAGGAAUGAACAUUUCUCUGUUUCUAGCUGCUGUUUUUUUUUUUCUUCAGAUAUUCUGUGACGUCCUGGAUGAGUCUGUGAUGGUCUUCAUAUAUAUGAUUGACAGCGUGUGAUGGGGGUGUGUCUAUGCAAAUGAGAUGGAGCGGUGUCAGGAGAUGUGCAAAUGAUGUGGGUGUGGCUAUGCAAAUGAGCUGCAGUGAUCGGUAGACAGUCAGUGGGUCAUGUGUCUCUCUCUCUCUCUCCGCACACUGACUGUUUGCUCUCCAUCAGUAACAAUGGCAGCAAACUCUGAAGUAAACAGCGAUUCUGAGAUGGCAGAGGGUACAGUAGUCCCAGUGGUCAUGGAGGACAGUGACCGUGAGGCCGACUCGGUGUCCGAUGAGCAGGACUCUACGCCAGCGUCGCCUGAACCAAGGCUGCAUGAGGUGGACAAGCACUUCCCUAACGAAGACUCGGAGGACCUCAUGGGACAUCACCCGCUGGCCCAUCACGGGCCCCAUAGGGCCGAUAGUGAGGGCGAGGGUCUCAGCAGACCCCACACCCCGGGGACUCCCACCUUCCUGAGGCCCGCGGUGGCGCCCAGGGGCCCCGGAGACACAGAGCACGAGUCCAGACACGGGGCUCAGCGGGGCCGAGUGGACUUUAGCCUGCCGUCUCCCAUCAGCCCAUCCAGGCCUAAGAGCCCCUGGGGCUGCUAUGACCCCUAUGACUCGACUGAGGACCAGGACAAGGAGUAUGUGGGAUUUGCGACUUUGCCAAACCAGGUUCACCGCAAAUCUGUGAAGAAGGGCUUUGACUUCACUUUAAUGGUAUCAGGAGAGUCAGGUUUAGGAAAGUCCACCCUGGUCAACAGUCUGUUCCUGACUGAUCUCUACAAAGACAGAAAUCUGCUCAAUGCUGAAGAGAGGAUCACUCAGACGGUGGAGAUCACCAAACACACGGUGGACAUCGAGGAGAAGGGCGUCAAGCUGAAGCUCACGAUCGUGGACACACCAGGAUUCGGGGACGCUGUCAAUAACACUGAAUGCUGGAAGUCGGUGGCAGACUACAUCGACCAGCAGUUUGAGCAGUACUUCAGAGACGAGAGCGGACUGAACCGCAAGAACAUCCAGGAUAACCGCGUGCACUGCUGCCUCUACUUCAUCUCGCCCUUCGGUCACGGGUUACGGCCUCUGGAUGUGGAGUUUAUGAAGGCUCUUCAUGAGAAGGUCAACAUUGUUCCUGUACUUGCUAAAGCCGACACACUCACCCCAGCGGAGGUCAAGAAAAAGAAAAUCAAGAUCCGAGAGGAGAUCGAGCAGUAUGGAAUAAAGAUCUACCAGUUUCCAGACUGUGAUUCAGACGAGGAUGAAGACUUCAAACAGCAAGACCAAGAGCUCAAGGAAAGCAUCCCCUUCGCUGUGAUCGGCAGUAACACUGUAGUGGAAGCCAAAGGAAAGAGGGUUCGAGGACGUCUGUACCCCUGGGGAAUUGUAGAAGUGGAGAACCCAGCGCACUGUGACUUCGUGAAGCUGAGGAACAUGUUGGUCCGAACACACAUGCAGGACCUGAAGGACGUGACCCGGGAAACACACUACGAGAACUACAGAGCGCACUGCAUCCAGAGCAUGACCCGCAUGGUGGUGAAAGAGCGCAACCGCAACAAACUGACGAGGGAGAGCGGCACAGACUUCCCCAUUCCCAUGGUGCCCGGCGUCACCGAUACCGAGACGGAGAAGCUGAUCCGCGAGAAAGAUGAGGAGCUGAGGCGGAUGCAGGAGAUGCUGCAGAAGAUCCAGGAGCAGAUGCACACGCAGAGAGAGGCGUAUUAACAUAAUGAGCUCCUUCACUGUACCACGCAGAAAUACCGCGGUAUCACCUGUCAGAGCCGAUGACACAAGGCUUCACAUCCCACUCAAACAUGUCAGGGUCGCAUUUCACCCCAAAAUAACAAUUAAAAAAAUUACAAUUACAACAAAAAUAAAAUGUCUUUUUUCCCUUUUUUUUUUUUUUUGUGCUUUGUAGCAUUAUAUUUUUGAUAAUGAAUCACAUUUAAACACCAAAUUAUAAUUAAGGCAAUGUAAAAUAAUAAUAAUAAUAAUAAUAAUAAUAAUAAUAAUAAUAAUAAUAAAAAUAAACCUGAAAAUCACAGAAAUGCAUGCAGACGUUACUUUUAAAUGAUUUUAUUUUAUUAUAAUUUAUUUUAUUGUUUUAUUGGUGACAAUUUUCUUACUGUAACAUGUGGUUAUGUUGAUAUCAAAAGUGUAUUCUCUUUCAAAAAUAUAUAUUGUGUUUAUCAGUAUAUAUUAGGGUUUAAAUAAAAAUAGGAUUUAUAAUUUUGAGUUGAAAUUUAACCUAGACAUGUUGAUAUAAAUCAGUGGAAUCAAUGGAACAUUUUCAUUGCACAAAACGUUCUUUAUAGUGGAAAAAGGUUAUUUAGAUUAUUUAAAUGUUCUUCAGAUUUGCCAAAAGAGGGUUUUUAGGACCUGAUCACUGAGAGGUUCUCUGAGGAGCCCAACAUGAUUAUUCAGUGGCACUACUGCUGUGAGGAACCUCUUAAACUCUAAACUCUGUUAGUAUUUUGGAGCGCAGUCUGUUGAUGAAAUAUCUCUGUGUCCUUGUGUAAAUCUGGAGUCGUGUGUAGUGUGACGGCGUCUGGCUCCGGGGCCCUUCAACUGCUCCGCUCGUUGUCCCGUGUGUGUUUCUACCCCAGGAUUGAUAUCAUAGCAUAGAUACUAUGGAAUUAUUUAAUUGGUUUUUUUGUUGUUGUUGUUGUUGUUUUUUACAAUGUAACUUUAUUUUGUAUGAUGUUCAUUAAUUGCAUUGGUUGUAAUGUAUGUCUUUGGUUUUAUUGUAUUUUAAUAUAAAACUGCAAAAGCUUAUUUUAGAAUGUUUUUAAAUAAUAAUCAUAAUAAUAAAAAAUAAAAACUUUUAUUUUCUUAUUGGAGAAAUGAGUACUGUAGAGAGAUAUUUUUGUUAACUCAGCUAACCCAUGAGUGCUUGCUCCUCUGGAUGAGAUGUUUUCUCGUCUUGAGCUCGUUCCUGGAGAGCAUGUAUGAAGAGAAGCGUGUCCCGAGGGUCCUCAGACAUCGCUCGCGCUGAGCUGCUGGAUCAACUUCUGCUGUUUGGCUGUUUCUGUGUUCUAGACAUGGUCUUACAGUCCACAGAAAUAAAUGAUAUUUCUCCCACAUCAUAUAUAUUUUCUUGGGUAAUGUUGGUGACCACUAUUAGCAAACAGUGUUGAGUUCUGCAAACUGUGGGGUCAGCGGUGAAUGAAUAAACCCAUUUACUAUGGA